AUGUUCUCACGAAUCGAACAAACUCUCAUCGAUCGCGGUGGUGCGAAGAAAGCUUACCAUAUACAGAACGCGGUCAAGAUUAUUGAGUUCUUUUACCGUCUCAGAUGGUUUCAAACAUUUUGGAUCGACGACAUGCUCAGGUUGGAGCUUGGAGCCAUGAGUCUAAUGCAAGCCGAAGUCGCCGAUACUGGAAUCGUCUAUAAUCUCGAGAAACGUAGAAUAACGAAAGAGGAGGAGGAAACCCUUGAGAAGGCUCAGAAACGACUGUCGGCGUACGAUAGAAAUUGGUGGGGCAACACUCACGACUAUCAUCAAGGCUUGUUUCACAAACCUAAGGGUUGUUAUGUUCGACAGCUCGAUCUCUUUCACAAUGGAUACUUGCCAUUUACUGAAGAGGAAACCCAACGGGCAUGCAAAGCACUAGGUGGCUGCUGCGCAUACAACUGUGGAUGUUGUUACCGGGAUAGACUCCUCCAGAAGGCCUGGUGUACUGACGCAUUGCAUGAGGGAAUGCGGUUGUUGUUUACAAAGAAGAGGGCAUGGUACCAAUUUUAA